AUGGAGAAGAUUCCGGAUGAAAAUGCAAAAAAAUCAACAGUAGAUUCAUUGAUCGAGAAAAUAAGAGACGAGAUUAACAGGAGAUCCAAAGAGGAUUUAAGUAAUACAAGAAAACUUACAGUAUCAUCAACAGUUGUGAACAAUGCUCUAGAUGAAUCUACUAACGAUAUUGACAGACAAAUCUCUAAUUUAGAAAUACUUAUAAAAAGGCUACAAGAUGAGAUUGUUGAUAUGUCUAAUAAAUCGGAACACAGCAGAGAAUAUAUUCCACAGGUCACGGAAGAAGAGUCUCAAGACAUAGAUAGAGUCAUAAUUGAAGAUAAUUUUGAUGAUCCAAACCGUAUAUUUCCAGUGAUAAUAAGUGACACUAAAAUACCGUUCAGGCAAGAAACUGAAGAGUCUAGAAAAUUUGAUAAAACAAUAACAGAUCUUUUGAAUGUUACCAGUCACAACAAUGCAUCAGAUCCAAACCCAGAGACUUUUUCAGCAAUCAGAAAUAAUUUUUCACAAUUGUUUCAUGAGAAAAACAAUGAAUCACGACCGAAGGAUGAUGAUAAAUCAAACGACGAAGAUCUAAAUAUUCUAAUAAAUGAACUGAAAGCUGAAAUAUCUGAAAAAAUGGAAGAAUUAAAAGAUGUUGACACUGAUAACUGUUAAAAAGAUAUACAAUACAGUUAUUAUUUCUUGAAUAAUGUGGUUAUAAAUAUUUUAGAGAAUUCAAA